AUGUCAAACAAUCUUCCAUUCGAAGUGUGGUUUGAAAUCUUCAACAUGCUUCCGAUUAAAACCCUUCUCCAAAUAAGGUCAGUGUGUAAGCUUUUCAAUUCGGUUAUUUCCAGCCCCACUUUCAUUUCAGCCCAUGUCAAAAAAACCCAGCAACAAUCGUCUUCUUGUUCCCUUUUGCUCCGAUAUUUCAAUGAGAAAAGGCACACUAAGGAACGUUACUUACUCUUGAGUGACUGUUUUAAUGAUAGCAAGGAGUCAAUUAUUGAUGAUCCCAGUUGUAAAGAAUUAAACUUUCCAUUAAGAACUAGUUAUAAUAGCCAAUUUAGGAUUGUGGGUUCUUGUAAUGGAUUAGUGUGCUUGAGCGAUGACUAUGAUUUUGAUGAUUCUGGGAUUAUUUUGUGGAACCCUUUGAUUAGAAGGUUCUUGAAUUUGCCUCAACCACGGGUUACUCAAAGGAUUUAUGGUUCCUAUAUGUAUGUCCUUGGAUUUGGUUAUGAUGAGAAGAGCAACGAUUAUAAGGUGGUUAGGAUAGCGUAUAUUAAGGGUCGAAAUGGGCGCGAUUUGAUCCCCCCUGAAGUGGAAUUGUAUAGGCUUAGUUAUAGGUCUUGGAGGAGUUUUAAGACCGGUGCUCCUCCUUAUGGGAUUUAUGGUGGUACUUGGUCGCAGGUGUUUGUAAAUGGAGCUGUGCAUUGGGUUGGAUAUGAUCCCUGUGUGGAUAGGGGCAAUGAGAAAUGUGCGUUGAUUGUAUCUUUUGACAUGAGUGAUGAGGUUUUCCGUGAGGUGGGGAUACCUGAUUGUUUAGAGCAAUCUGGUUGGGAUUUACAUCUGAGAGUUAUUAGAGGUAAGCUGGCAUUGUUGCAAAAUAACUGUAGCGUGCAUGCGCGUAGUUGUUGCGUAUGGGUUAUGCAAGACUAUGGAGUCGUUCAGUCAUGGAUGAAACUUUAUAGCAUUGAUCUGAGGGGAGGGUUGCGACAGCUGGUUGGUUUUCUGAGUGAAAGUCAAAUUCUUGGUGCUACUGUCCGUGGGAAGUUGCUUUCUUAUGAUCCCAUCACCCUCAGGGUGAAGAAUCUUGGACUUCGAGGCUCCACAGAUGCAUUUCACUUGGAAAGUUACGUUGAGAGCUUGGUUUUACUUGAUGUUGAAAGUGCAAAUUCCACAACAGAUUUUGCUGCCUCUCAAGAUGGAAAAAAAGAAGCGAGGUGUUCUGAUGGGAGCAGAACCACUACUAGGCAUACUGAAUCUGAGCAUGUCAGGGAGGGGGUCCUGAAAAGUUCUCGAAAAUCAACUAUAACCCGGUUGAGAGCCAUUAUUACUAGGAUUGAAAUUCACCAGAGGAAAACCAUGAUAAAAAACAUCAAGAAGUAUGGUAAGAAUUGCUUUAUGUGGUUUGGUCCCAAUCCUGCUGUCAUCAUCUUAGACCCUGAACAUGUGAGGGAGAUCUUUCAGAAGUAUACCCUCUAUGGAAAAAACUUUUUUCAUCCGCUUGGCAAAUACCUGUUACAAGGACUAGUAGCAACUGAGGGCGAUAAAUGGGCAAAACAUCGCAAAUUAAUCAACCCUGCUUUCCAUCAAGAGAAGCUGAAGCUUAUGCUCCCAGCUUUUCAUUUAUGUGCCAGUGACAUGUUGAGCAAAUGGGAAGAAAGUGUUACACAGAACGGAUCCUGCGAACGUGAUGUGUGGCCAGAUCUUCAAACUUUAACGACCGAUGCAAUUUCCCGUACAGCAUUUGGUAGCAAUCAUGAAAAGGGGAGAAAAAUGUUUGAACUUCAAACAGAACAGGCUGAUCUUGUUAUGAAAGCAGUGAGAUCAUUUUAUUUCCCUGGAUCAAGCUUUUUGCCAACUAAGAGGAUGAGAAGGAUAAAGGGUAUCCAAAGGGAAGUUUAUGCUACAGUUGGAGAAAUGAUCGAUAAGAGAGUGAAAGCAAUGAAAGCAGGGGAGGCCACUAAUGAUGACUUGUUGAACAUACUUUUGAAAUCUAAUUUACAGGAGAUUGAAUUGCGAGGUGACAAAAGUUUCGGCAUGAGUAUCGAAGAUGUUAUUGAAGAAUGCAAACUCUUUUAUUUUGCUGGGCAGGAGACCACUUCAUCAUUGCUUGUAUGGACGCUAGUUUUACUUAGCCGGCAUCAAGAGUGGCAAUUGCGGGCUAGAGAAGAAGUGUUUCAAGUGUUUGGAAGAAAUGACCCAAAUUUUGAAGGUCUUAAUCACCUUAAAAUUCUGACAAUGAUUUUCAAUGAGGUUCUAAGACUUUACAGUCCUCUGGCUUCCAUGGAACGGAAAGUUCAACAAGAAACUAAAAUCGGAAAUUUAUUGUUGCCAGAAGGGGUUUUAGUAGCCGUGCCAGUUAUGCUACUUCACCGCGACCCAAACCUCUGGGGUGAUGAUGCAAAAGAGUUCAAACCUGAGAGAUUUAGUGAAGGAGUCUCUAGUGCAACAAAGGGUCAAGUUUCAUUCUUGCCAUUUGGCUGGGGACCUCGAAUAUGUAUUGGACAGAACUUUGCUAUGAUGGAAGCCAAAUUGGUCAUGGCGAUGAUUCUUCAACGAUACUCUUUUGAUCUUUCUCCAUCAUACGCUCAUGCUCCUUACACCAUUGUCACACUGCAACCUCAACAUGGUGCUCACUUAGUUUUGCAUAAGUUAUAG